AUGCUUCGCACAGCAUUUACAUUAACACUUCUCAUCUUUUGUUUUCCUUCAGGUCGAAACGAGCUGAUUGCCCGAUACAUUAAACUCAGAACCGGGAAGACAAGGACACGGAAGCAGGUGUCUAGUCACAUACAGGUCUUAGCAAGAAAGAAAGUUCGAGAAAUCCAAGCUGCCAUCAAGGUGUCUAGUCACAUUCAGGUUCUUGCCAGAAGGAAAUCUCGUGAAUUACAUUCCAAGCUAAAGGUGACAAGCAUGGAUCAGAGCGUGAAGGACAAAGCUCUUCAGACUAUGGCCUCCAUGUCCUCUGCCCAGAUCGUUUCUGCCACCGCCAUCCACAACAAGCUGGGACUUCCAGGCAUCCCGCGUCCUGCCUUCCCAGGAGCCGCAGGGUUUUGGCAGGGCAUGAUACCGACAGGCCAGCCUGGAUCCUCCCAAGACAUCAAGCCAUUUGCUCAGCAAGCGUACCCCAUCCAGCCAGCAGUCACAACUACAAUCUCAAGUUAUGAGCCUCCGACAGCGCCGGCGCCCACAGUUCCUGCCUGGCAAGGCCGAUCCAUUGGCACAUCUAAACUCAGACUGGUGGAGUUCUCUGCUUUUCUUGAGCACCAGAGAGAUCCUGAUUCUUAUAACAAGCAUCUUUUUGUGCACAUCGGUCAGACAAAUCAUUCUUACAAUGAUGCCCUGCUGGAGUCUGUGGACAUUCGUCAGAUUUACGACAAAUUCCCUGAGAAAAAAGGAGGGCUGAAGGAAUUGUUCGGCAAGGGUCCUCAGAAUUCAUUCUUUCUCAUAAAGUUCUGGGCCGACUUGAACUGCAACAUUCAGGAUGAGACCGGAGCUUUCUAUGGAGUGACCAGUCAGUAUGAGAGCCCGGAGAACAUGACCAUCACCUGCUCCACAAAAGUGUGCUCGUUCGGCAAACAGGUGGUGGAGAAAGUGGAGACGGAGUACGCUCGCUUCGAGAAUGGCCGUUUUGUGUACCGAAUAAGUCGGUCUCCCAUGUGUGAAUACAUGAUCAACUUCAUCCACAAACUCAAACACCUGCCAGAGAAGUACAUGAUGAACAGCGUCCUGGAGAACUUCACCAUCUUAUUGGUGGUAACAAACAGAGACACACAGGAGACCCUGCUGUGCAUGGCCUGUGUGUUCGAAGUGUCAAACAGCGAACACGGAGCCCAGCAUCACAUCUACAGACUAGUGAAGGAAUGAAGCAGCUCUUUCACACAGACUCUG